AUGGAAGUGGCUUUCGAUGUUAAUGAGCUUGAAGGUAUGAAACGCGCCGAGCUUCAAAAGCUUUGCAAAAGCGUUGGAAUCAAGGCCAACAUGAAGGUAUGCGAUUCUUGUACACAAAGCAAAGACCAGUCAGUUGUUGUAUAUAGCGCAUGGAUUGCGUUAAAACAAAGAAUGUGCUAGUUAACUUUGUGUGAGAAGUCCUUAGAAUGUGUUAUAAAUUCCUAUCACCUAUGGCUUGCUCCAGAAAAGAAUGCUUUUCUGCGCGUGACAAUUGAGUACAUUUUUAAUUUUAUUGUAAUGGUUUGUAUAUAGUUAGCUACCCUGCGAGCAGAGGCCUUUCGAUCUUCCUAGAUAAGUCGGGAAGAGGAAGAUCGAAAGGCCUCUGCUCGCAAGGUAGUAGUCAGCGAACUUUUGGAUGCAUUUACCGGUUAUUAUUGUUACAUUUCCUAUAUAUCAUUGGUAGCCUGCGAAAACAUCCGUUACGUCCCCAGCGGCGAAGAGCGAGGAGAAACGGAUGUUUUCGCGGGCUAUAUAUAUGGAAGUGUAUAAGAAAAGUUUUUGCGUUAUCAGGCAGGUUAGAACUGAUAUCACAAAAGAAUUUUCAGAGUUCUCAUUGAUAUGAACAGUCUGUUUUAAGUUAAGAAGGCAAGUUUAGGUGACAGAGAAUUUUAAAGAAGCUGAAUCCAUCUCAAAUUGGAAACCAAGACUAACAUGAUUUUCGUUCUCCUUAUUUUGAAGUGCUUUUAAUAUCAUAACAGAUGUGAAACACUUUGAACUUGACAAUAUGUAUCUAUGUUGUUAAUGUAGCUUGCCAGCUUUACUCACUGGAGGUUUAAUACUGUUUUAAUUCAGUGAUGCAUAAUGCAGUUUUAAACUGUGGUUCUGUUCUGGUAUGUUGUUGAAUUGUCUUUUCCCAUAUUUUUUUUAAUCUUAGAAUGGACAGCUUAUUGAUGCACUUAGAAAACAUGCAGCCCAGUUCUCUCGUAAAAGAAAAAGGUAUUUUUUAUUGUGAAUGGUUUGAACACUUGGUAUCCGUUUCCAUGUAAUGCCAUGGUGUACAUUUCGUAUGCAUACAUGUUUCCACUCUAUUCAUAUCAACUAUUUUAGUGAAAUAGUAUGAAAUUGCUGCAUGCAUAAUAAAUGUAUAGGGCUAUCCAGAAAUCUUACAAAACACUCUAGCAAAACAUUUCUCCACAUAAAUGAUAUUAUAAAAUAUUAGAAUAAAUUAAUUAUAGUAAGUAUUUAUUUUUACAACUAAGGAAAGAUCCUAUCUUAAAAUCUCUCAUAUCAUCUUCUUAGAUCAUCUGUUGCUGAGAAAACCCAGAACACUUCUUGCACAGUUGUUAAUAAAGAAGAGGAAACGGAUAAGCAACCAGUUGUUGAUGACAAUGAUAGUUAUAAAAAACAACUUAUGGAUCAACUUGAUAAGAAGGUUGAGGAAAAAAGUAAGUACAGGCCUUAUCAUUAAUUUUGAAGAACUUUUUCCGUCCAUUAAAAUAAUUUGAUUGAUGAAUAGAAAUAAAAAGUGGACCCAACCAAUCAAUUUGUUUAUUUUUUCAAUCUUAUUUAGUGCCAACUGAGUGUAAAAUUCCCAGGUUUGUCCAGUUUGCCAACAAAGUCAAAUCUGCCCAAGAAACCAAUAAAACACCAGGUAAGUCAGUUUCUCUGAAGGCCUGUUGUGUUAAAGUUGCGUACAAAAGACUGGUAUUUUAGUUAGAUUCUUGAUAACAUUAAUUCUAUCCUAUGAAGAUCUGAUAAUCAUUUUCCUCUUUGUUCUUCUAGCUACAAAGUGGAGCAAAAUUCACAAUUCACAGUUUGAAAAGUGAGUAUGUGAUUUUUAUGUUUUUAAAAGGAUAAGUGUAAACUAAUGCCUUAACAAUAUUUAAUGUAAAAAAAAAUUUGAAAUUAAUUGUGUAUUCAGUGAUACCAACCAGGUUUAUGCAGUCAUCUAUAGACAAUCUAGUUAGUAUUAACUACAGGUUUGAAAAGAUACACUCCUUUUGAAGCAGCUGUUAAUGAAACCAGUGUUCUCCUUAUCAGGCGGCAACCAGCAAAAUCUAUCACUUGAAGCAACACUUCUUAACAACUGCUGCGCGUUUACCAAUAAUUGAAAAGCGACUGAUUUGUAUUAUACAUGAAUAUAUUUUUGAUUUUUGUUACUAGGAUGGACUCUAUUGAUGUCUAUUUGGAGAAAAAGAGGAAAAGAGUGGAAAUGUUUAACCAGUCAGCCAAGAGAGCAAAGGUAAUCAGGAUUAUCCUAUGAUUUUUGAUACAAAGUGAAGAUUAAUGUUAGUACAAAUAAUAUCAGACAGGCAGUGAUUUUGUUGUCUUUGCAUCCGACGUCCCUGACGCAUAAAAACCCCCAAAGACACAAAACAAAAAUAUAAUUCAUAGCAUGCCUGCAUCCCGUAGGACACAAAGAUUGAUUGAUUGUUCUCAACUUGUGUUUUUGUAGAAAUCUCCCGUUUGUGUAAUUUCUGUGGAAGUUAUUAUGGCUGUUGUUUAAUGUUGCAUUUUUCUUUUAGCCUUUGUUCUUUAAAAUAGACAGAUUAUACUUUAAUUUUAGUAUACUGUAAAACAGAGUUUUGGAGUCUGUCUUCAGAUUAACUGUCUGGUUACAUUCAAGGCCCAACAAUUUCAAUUUUGGACUUGUUUUUUUUUUAACUGGUUCUUGCCUGGGACUCAUGAUUUUUCUCAAGAUGAGUCCCAGAGCUCACUAUUACCAUUUGAAACAAAAUCGCUGGACAGGGCUCGAAAAAGUCCCAUCUGGUGGUCCACGACAUGCACAUUUUCUUUCUGAGCAAGUAACUUUUUAAGCUAACCAAAUUGUUAAGAUAAGAUAAGCAUUCAUUUUAUUUCUUGCAGUCCAUAGGAGUCAGCAGAAAAAGUGGAGGCAAAGCCUCAGCGGAUGCGAGCUUCACGCCCUCUGUUACAACUCUUGAUAAAUCAAAAGCCUUUGUAUUUGGAUCUCCUGCGGCAAAGCCAUUUUUCCAACCAUCAGACAAGAAAGUUAUAAAUGAAACAGCAAGCACUGCUAGCCAAAAAAUACUCAAGUUAAAGUCCCCUAAAAUCUUCAAGCCCUUCUUACCUUCGUCUGCCAUGGCAAGCACAAAACCACCAAAGACUCCAAAUACCCGCAGGACCAUUACCGUGGUAACAGCUUUGGAAAAUAAACCAAAGACACCAGGAAAUUCUGCUCGCAAGUCAACGGGGGUAACACCAUUCAGGUUAGCAAACAAAAAUUUAGAAUUUCCAAAAGAUAUUUGAAACUUUGCAACAAUAUUCUCUUGGUAUCCACUGUUUGUGACAGGAUUGUUGGUAUACAUGUACGUUACUUAAGAAAAUUCCAGACACAGAAUUAAUCCUGGCUUUCACUCCCAAAGUAGCCAAAGUAAAAGUUUGAAGAAAAUUCCAGUUUUCUUGCAAAAUGCUGCAAAACAAAUACAGUCGACUCUCUCUUAACGGACACCUCUGUAAAACAGACACCUAGACUUGGUCCCUGCCUUUCUUUCCUCCCUCUAUUUGACUCUCUAUAAGAUGGACAUCUCUCUAAGACAGACAGCUAGUGCCAGUCUCAAAGGUGUCCGUCUUAGAGAGAGUUGACUGUAGCAGGGCUCGACGUUGCGACCUGUGGGGUCGCCAAGCUGGCCACCAAGAUAGGUGACUUUCUUCUUUGGGUAAACGUACACUAAUGAUAAUCUGUUAUCCUUUACAAAACUAACGGAUAGCUAACGGUUUUGCUAAUGCUCUAACGUUUUGCCCAAACGCUCUAACGGUUUGUCUAAACAUUUUAACGAUUUGUCUAAACGCUUUAACGAUUUCUUUCAACACUCUAAUCUACGUUUACUUGAAAGAGGAUUGUGAAAUGAAUGAAUUCGACGAAAGACUUAUCGACUUUCGGGCAAAUCGAUCGCAAUUCUCAACAGAUCGUCCCGUGUUUCUCCGGGAAUGACUUUUAGCGCAUCGAUAUUUAAAACAAUUUCUUUUUGCCCAACAUGUAUCUCGAUUGCGGACUCGAUAGCAGAUUAGUCUGAUAAAAGCUAAAGCUAAUCGAAGCUAAUCGAGAACGAACAGCGCUUACUCGAACUUCGCAAUUCUUGUAAACAACUUUACGCAAAUUUCUGUUAAGGGUGGCGACCCAAAUAAAAGCUCUGAAGUAUUUUAUUGACUUCUAAUGAAGUACCGUUGAACUCAUGCUGUUUGUCUAACAGACUUCUCGCGAAAUCAACUUCAUUGCCCGAAAACAUUAGCGACGUUUCCUCUUUCUGGAGACUUUCGAUCACGUGUUAGGCAACCGCCAAAUAGAUGAAGUUUCACCGAUGUUCAUUUCUGAAAGUGCAAAUACAUGGGACGCAAAACAAAUUUUGCAGAUUUUGUUCUUUAAUAUCCCAAAUAAGUUUUUUUAAGAUUCCUUAAGUUUGUUUUUCUUAAUGUGUAUUCCAUUUCCUGAACCUUAAGCUUGAAUACCUUAUAAUAUAUAAUUUUUGGGGACCAGAAUACUUGUUCUGGCGACCAAAAAUGAAAACAUGGGGGCCUGUUGGCUCCAAGAUUUUUUUCUGAAAGUCGAGCACUGUGUAGUACCAUGUGAAAGGACUGCUCAGAAGCUUCCAUUUGAAUGGUCUCAGACUACUGUCGCAAGAUGUGAAAUUCAAUUUGUCAGGGAUGUCAGCAGCCAAAGGGGAUUUUAUACUACAAAUUAAAGAGGGUAUAUUAUUGCCCAGGAAAUCUGUCUUUUUUGAGGAAUUUUAUUUGACAUAAUAUUUUGCCAUUAACAGAUUUUUGCCUGCAAAUGUGCCAGCCACCCCAACUCCAACCCCUAAGAAGAAGUUUGAUCUCAAAGCUAGCCUGGCGAAACCACUUCCUUACAAGCCUCACACAGGAAAACUGAAACCCUUGUCAACUUAUAAAGAGGAGUGUAGACCAACUCUCACUGACGCAAAGUUGAAAAGUCGUAGAGUGGACGUCAAAUCUACAAAGGUCACCUCAAGGUAACAAAAUACGUGACAGUCAUAUUUUAAGUAUUUCCUAUGGCAGCAACAUUGACAAAUCUAUCUAAUGGCAAUAAAUUUUAAAAGUUUGAUAAAUUAAAUUUUUUUAAAGCGUUCUCAUAAACUUUUGUGUCCCAAGUGUGAUCAUGGCUUCUGCAGCCAAAUUUCUGACCAUUAUUUUGUAAAUGUCAGAACAAACAGUCAAUGAGUGUUAGUUUGGCCUGGGUUUCAGGUGGCAACCUCAAGCAGUCUAGACUGUGCUUAUCCAGUAAUCUGGCUAACAUGGCAGUGGUUCUUUCUGAUCAUUAUUGAACUUCAAAACAGGAUGGGAGACGAAAGAAGAUGGCAAACCAAGUGUGACAAUACUGCACCUUCCUUUAAACAGAUCUUUUAGUAAAAUAUCUAGACAAAAGAUGCAAGUAAUAGCCCUGUCACAUUUGCCACACUCAAACUUUUGUCGUCCUCUUCUUCAUACUGUCCUGUUGCAUAAACUCAGUGGUAUCUCUAAACCUGCAACCUUAGACUACAUUUUGUUAUAAACUGGGUAUUUAUUUGUUAUAUCUAUUUUUUUCCUCAGGGAACAACGUCGCAUGAAAGAAAACAAAAGCAGAGAAAGCAGAAAGGCAAAUGCGUUAAGCAGACGAAGAGGACUUGCUUGUUAAUUAAACUAAGUUUGUAGAUCUAUGCAACACAUUGCUAAUACUAACAGUAUUUGUUUGAAAUUAUGAUCAAAGAAAUUUUAAUUUCCAAGAUUUUUUACAAAAAGGUACUUUUCAGCCAGUUAGGUUACUGGUGUAUAGGGGUAUUUUAGGGUUCGUUCAUAGUCCGUUCAGUCCUAGUUCCUGGUAAAAAGGGUUUUUAACCCAUUCGCUCCUGGAGAUUUUGCCGAAAAACGCAUUUUGAAGCUAGGUGAGUGGUUUUCUGGUCACUGUCGUGCUAUAAAGAGCUAAAACUUACCACAAACCGGUUUACAGGUCGUACACUUCAUGGCCUUCUGAUCCAGAUGCAAACUAUCAGCUUGCGAAGUUUGGGCAUGCGCAGAAAGCAAAAUUUCGACAUAGUUUUUGGGUUUAAAAGUGACACAGCAGUCUUGCCUUUUACUUUUCGCCUCCUCUCCUCCUCUUUUUUUUUACUUUUCUUACCUGAUUUUUUUUUCCUCUUGCUGGGCAUUUAGUAGGCUUCAUUUUGGUGGGAAUAGUUUUUAGGAAAGCUUUUAGGAUCUUAGGAUUAGGUGAAAGGAAAGGUAGGUGGGCAAUGGAAAAGAUUUUCAUGGAGAUUUUCAGGUCAAUGUUACAUGGUUUUUUGCCUCUUUCUCCGGUGUCCUUGACUGAAUUGUGCUCAUUCUGGUGUGGUUUGAAAGAUCUCUUCACUCUGCACAAGUUAGCGGACAAAGUUGUCCUUGACCGUUACAAAUGAUGACGUCACAAAGGGUAGAAAGGAUGUGGAUCCGCACAGGCGGUUCAGGGGCGAAUGGGUUAAGAAGGCUUUCUAUAGAAGAAUAAUACUGCUUUAUGCCUCAUAAAACUAAGAGUUUCUUAUCAUUGUUAUUAUGAUCAUUAUUACACACACUAUAACGAACUGAAUGUUACUUGAAUGUGAUACUUUUAUUUGAAAGAGUGCUGACAGUCAAG